AGUUUUAUCUCCUGAUAGCCCUCAGUGUCCUCCAUCCUGCUCAUCUUCCCUAAUAAACAUGAAGUUAUCAUUAUUCUCCAUGUGGGCAGCAGCCCUGCUCCUCACCUUCUCCUCAGAGUGUGUGAGUGGGAAGCAGUGUGUGUGUGAGCUGAAGAACGCAGUGCGUCCGUUCCCCACGGCUCAGCUGGACAACAUCCACACUGCAGCCUCCGAAUGCAACACCAGCAUCACUUCAAAACAGAUGCUGGAGGUGGACGUGCUGAAGCUGGGGCUGCAGCGCAGGCUGGAGCAGCUGGAGGAGAGCGUGGCUGUGCUGGAGAGGGAGGAUGAUGGGGAGCUGUAUGGAGCCGUGUCUCUGCGCAUUAUUGAACUGGAGCUGGCUGAGGUGCUGGAGCUCAUGGCCAAACUCAACAGAACCAUCAGCUCCCACCGGCAGCUCAGCAACAACACAGCCGCGAAGCUGCACAGUCUGGUGGAGGAGAUGCAGGAGCUGGAGGAGUUUGAUCACAUGCAGGUGGUGAAAAAGCAGCAGGAGAAUCAGAGAAUGAGGCGAGACCUGGACAACUGCCAGCACCAGCUUCACUCUACUGCUGAGCCUCCAACACCUCCACCAGGAAACUGCCCUCAAGGUCAGCUGGUCAACGUCUCAGGGCCUAGAACAUACACCCUCACCCAGUACGGCACCUCCUACUCUUUUGGCGCCUGGGGGAAAGACCCUAAUCCUUCUCCGGGGAAGGAACAAGUGUACUGGCUGGUUGCGCUCACCAGCAGCAACAUAUUUUCUAACUACAUCCGUGAAUACAACAGCCUGAGCACCAUCAUAGUUGGUGUGGGGCCCACAGACACAACCAUCGCACCAUCUAACCCCACCACCAACACCAUCCAGGGCCCCAACGUGGUGAUGUACGGAGACGCUGUGUACUACAACUGCUACAACUCACCAUCCGUCUGCCGCUUCAACAUGACCUCACGCACAGUCACCAACGUGGCCCUGCCCCUCAACUCAGGGUACGGCAACAAAUUCCCAUUCGGCCACAUGGAUGGCACCUACACCCACACGGACAUGGACUUUGCCACAGACGAGUCUGGUGUCUGGGUCAUCUACUCUUCACCUGAAAACUUCGGUAACAUCAUUAUUAGCGAGGUGCUAGCUGGUUCUCCUCCAGUUCUGGGUAGAAGUUGGAGGACGUCUCUCCACAAGCGCACGGUCACCAACACCUUCAUGGUCUGCGGCGUGCUCUACGCCACCCGAUUCCUCAACAAAGAGACAGAGGAGAUCUUCUACUCAUUCGACACGGAGACGAGCACAGAAAGCUACAGGCUGAGGAUCCACAUUAAGAAGAUGCAGCCCAACAUCCAGUCGCUGAACUACAACCCAGGGGACCGGAUGCUCUACAUGUACAGCGACGCCCACAUCCUGUCAUAUGAAGCCGUUUUUCAGUGACCUGUUAUUUUUACUUAUAUGAGCCAAUAUGUUUAAAACAGUUUCCUUCAAUGAGCUCAUUGUUUUUUAUACCUGUUAGAUGCUGAAUAAAAGUCUAUACAGCACUGUAUCUCUGAAAUAAAACAUGCUAAUGCUAAAUAUGGAAUUUUUGUAUAUUUUAAGUAGUGAUUUCAUGUGUGUGUAUGAGUUCAUUGAUUUUACUUCUGGGACACAGCAUCAGUGUAUGAAACACUGUACUGCUAUAUCGCUGAAUGCUAAUGCUAAUAAACAUUUUACAUGGGCUUUGCUGAAGUCGUAA